AUGUCCAACCUCAAAGCUCACAACCCCUUUCGAACGCCAGCCGUGACGCCAAAUCCUACGGGCGAAUCCUCAUCGCACGCAACGUCUGUCCCGGUUUCUCUUCAAGGUCAGGCUGCUACGGCGCUGCAGGCUGGAGGUUCCAGUCAGUCGACGUUCUCGCCUCCCCCAGGGCCCCCACCCUCCUCUCAGCCAGGACCAAUCCAGGAAAGAUCUUCUAGUACUCCGUCUGUUCUCGAUGCCGAACCUCCUCCGGCGUACACACCGACUCCGAAUCCGUACGAAGGUGAAAGCACUGUAGAGCUUGGACCCAGGAGGCCGUUUCAGCAGGCACCUCCACCUCUUCAGAUCAUCUCCCCUCAGGGUACCGGGAUACCAACGGCAAGCCUUCGCACCGGAGGGAGCUGGGCGAGUUAUCCUGGACAGGACAGACUCGAUCGCGCGAACACCACGCCGUCUCGAAGACCACCACCGCCCCGCCAUCCCUCAAUUCAAGUCUCGCCUUCCCCCGCUCCCGCCCCUAUCUCCACACAAGCACCCCUGUCCGACUUCGCUCGCGACUUCUAUGCGGCAGGUGGUGGCCAAGUCGGCGCAUCAUCCUCUGCUUCCCAUCCGACUCCACCCUCGUCGUCUUCACCUGCCCUGUCUAGCCGAUACGCGCCGCCUCCCGGGCCGCCGCCUCGUUCGCCGUCUACACCAGGUUCAAGACCUUUAUCGUAUCCGCCCGCAUCGCCCACACCGUCGGGAUCCGGAUCAGGAGUUCCUGACGAUGGGAGACCGACCAGGACGCCGGUCCCCGGGCACCCGCUGUUGAGGAACGGAGAGAUGCUGGUUUAUCCAGCAGGAUACGAGUGCCCUAAGUGUCAUAAUACCGGCUUCAAGUACUAUGAUCCCUCGCACCCCUGUCGUAAAUGCUGGGAGAAAUACUCUCGGCCGUACAGCGGCGCCGUUGCAUACGCCCCCACGAAUUUCUCUGCGACACCCACCCCAUCCACGUCGGGCAAGAGCUUCCAGCGACCGUUGCCGAAACUACGCCCAGCCGGCCCGGGCAGCGACCUCGGCCGUUCGCGGACGCAAUCGUAUGGUCGAAGGCCGGACUACCCCGGCGUUGCCAGCCAACACAGCUACUCGCGCAGCGAUCCCCCUACAAAUUGGUUCCAACCCCCGGGUAUCCAGGUCGCGGGUGUGCCGGGGAACGCGGCGCCGGGAUCGUUGGUGGUUAGUCCAGGAGACCCGCGGAUAGGCGGGCAGCUCUGUUGGCGCUGCCACGGAAGCGGUACCACCUCCUUCUUGAUCUUCGACCAGCAGACCUGCUUCGAAUGCGGUGGUAUAGGUAGGGUUUUCAGGUAGUUAUGUAAUGAUCAACAUUGCAUCUCCUAUAUUUGUCAAUGGUUACGUUGACUCCCGGUGCAUUCUCAACGUACUCGCAAAUGUGCUAGCCCUUAUUAACAUGUUUUAAAAUAGCAUAGAACUGUAACAAGGUAGGACACGCACGUAGCUUCGUAGGCCGUAAUAUAAUACAGAUACGGUGUUCGACACACUGUAAAACG